AUGGCCUCGAGCCUCAAUGACCCAAAGCUGCUGUACGCCAUAACUGGCGUCUCGGCCUACCACAUCGCCAAUGGCGUCGAGGACUCGCUGACGCCUGCUGGGCCACAAACUCUGUCUCUCCUCAUGGUACCUACCGCAUCGCCCUUUGCCGACCUCUCCAUCGACUCUGCGGCCGGCAGCAAUCCACAGGAAGAGGACUUCUACCUCCACCUCCAUUUGCCACCUGAGCUCGAUCUCCCGCUGCCGGCCACUACUCAGAUCUACCACCAGCCACCUUCCAGCUAUUUGAUCCCGCGUUGGGAUCUUGGCCGCAACAGUGGCGUCUUCACGCGCAUAGAAUUCCCUCUGGCUGGCAGCCGCAAAGGCUUGCAGGAAGAUGUGGACACCUUCGAGACUAUCCUGGCCCAGUGCACUGCCUUCCUCGAACGCGCACCGCCGCCCAAGACCAAGAAUGAUAGACCUUACCGGCCGGUGCCGGCGCCUCCGCCGUCUGCGGCUGCUCUUGUGAGAGCCAGCACUACCGGUGGUGUUGGGUCUUCCAGCCGCACAUCCACCGGCCAUUACCAGUCGGACCAGAAGCCUCGCCAAUCUCUAUCCCGGUCCUCCACCAGGUCUACGAUGGCAGAGGACCUACCGGCAUAUAACCCAGCGACUUUCAAGCCGGGCGAGGCCUAUGCGGCCGGCAGCCAUAGCUCCUUUGUUGGAGGGCAGAUUGUGCUGAUCGACGAAGAGGACGGCAGCGUCAUCGGCGAGCUUGGCGAGGGCUUUCAGGUGAUAGAAGACAAAGCACUGACACCUGGCUCCAAAGAACCGGUGGAGAUAACACUGCCAACUGAUGCUGUCCCCAGCAUCUCGGUGGCGCCAGCCUCUCGUGAGGACGUGGAGGCGCUGCACCCGGCCUACAGGAAGUCACGAUUGGUGUCCAAUGCAGCAGCAGCAUCACGACUCAUCGUAGCCACGUCCGAGGUUGUGUCCAAGGCACUGCAGGCCCAGGCCGACAAUUAUUCGCGCAAGAACGAGCCGGCCAACAAGCCCAUCACCUUCAAGGCGAGCACACACGAGCACGUCCGUCGCAUCAACACGUUGUCGUCCGGCGCUGCCAGCCUCUCGGCCAAGGCGGUCGGUCAGGUGGGGAAAGUGGCGCAGAACUUGGGCGCAUCGCUGGCGGGACACAAAGCUGGCCGGGAGGGCGAGGGCGGCAGCGCCAGGGGCGACGGUGCUGCCGGCCUCCGUGGCAGUGGUUCUGGCAAGGGCCGCGGGCCUUCGGCCAAAGGCUACGGACCGGACGGCGAAUACAUUGACAACUUCAAGCCGGGCCUGCUAAACAAGAGCCUGAUGGCCUUCUCGACCGUCGCCGACGGCAUUGAGCAAGCCGGAAGACAGCUGCUGGACUCAUCGUCGGUGGCUGCGACAACGGUGGCUGCACACAAAUGGGGCCCAGAGGCGGCCGAGGUGACCCGGCACCUAAGCACCGGUAUCAAGAACGUCGGGCUGGUCUAUAUUGACGUGACAGGUGUUUCGCGUAGGGCCAUCAUCAAGAGUGUGGCCAAGGGCAUGGUGGUGGGCCACGUGCCGGGCGGCGGAGACCUGAUUGUCGGUGGCGGUUCCGAGAGAACCGGAGUGACGGUCGUUCCAGGGCCUUAUGACAACACGGCCAAGAGUGGCCGCAGCAGCAGUCGCAGCAGCAGCAUCAGUGUCAGCGGCAGCACAAGAGAGUCUCGCGACAAUCGGGCGACAAGCAAGUUUUCUGACAACAAUCCAUACCGGGGACGUUGA